UCCUAUAUUCAUCAAGUGAUUCAAGAGAAUAGUAGCAUUAUUUCUCUUCUACAUUGAUUGGAUUACAAUCGGUACAUUUCAUCACAGGUUGUCGUGCCGAGUAUCCAUGGAAACGGAAUGGUGACGAUUUUUUUCCUGUUUACCCGAGGAUCAUGUAUCGGUGUUAAUUGGGAGUAAGUUGGCGUCGUUUUAUCACCAAUAUGAAUCGAGCAAUGGAGGUCCAGGAUUAGGCCCAAACAGGAAUACAUUUCUAAACACAGACGGCGAGCUGGGUGGAGUGUUGACGCGAUGGCCAGCAGCAUCGAAUUAAACCUUGAACAUCAGGAACUGGUAUUCUAUUCUGGAGAAAGAAUUCGUGGAGCCCUGGUUGUUCAUCUGCAGAAUCCUGUUACCAUUUCAGGGGUCGAAUUGAGGUUCAAGGGAUCGGCUCGUGCUAAAUGGCGCGAACACGCACACGAGGGAAUACGCAGGACGGAAGUAGAACACGAGAAAGAAGAGAUCUAUUUUGAUGAUCGAUUUUGUCUAUGGGGAAAAGUUACAGACGAAGGUGGUUGGGAGAGUCGAGAAGUUUUAAAGAGAGGGCGCCACUUAUUUCCGUUUCAAUAUAAGUUACCGGAAGGUAUACCAUGCUCAUUUGAAGGUCCGGAUGCUAGUGUUAGGUAUACGGUGGUUGGUAUAGUACUCAGAACAACGGGAGAUAAUUUAACAACACAGAAACAUUUUACAGUUUUACGUGAUCUAGAUUCUAAACGAGAUGCAGAGAAAAGAACACCCUCGCCUCGUCAUGCUCUAGAGGACCAUGCCGAGAGAUCUUUUAGUUCUGUUUGCUGUCGCCCAGGAAGAGUUACCUGUUCUUUAUCUGUUAUUAAACGUGCCUACGUUCCUGGAGAAAACAUUCGUGUUGAUGUCCAACUUCACAACUUAUCAAUGAGAAAAUCUGGUCAUUGUGAUAUACAACUUAAACAGCUUCUGACCUAUGGCGACACCUAUACUUCCGCUGUAGUGCUAGAAGAGGUCGAGUUAACCGAGGCUAUACGACCUGGACAACGAAGACAUUGGAAAGAUUUCUGUCUACAUAUCCCACCUACGUGUCCCUCUCGAUUAUCGAAAUGUCGAGUUAUAGAUGUUCGAUAUUGUGUAGCAUUAGAAGCACAUUUUCCAGAUGCCAUUUUAUACGCAGCCGUUCCAGUUACCAUAACAACAAUUCCAGAAAAGGGAAUUAUAUCAGUUAAAUGGAGUUAUCAAGAACACGAAUGUCACAGUAACCAUGAGAACGGUAUCCUAGUUGAAAAAGACACGAUGUGUGAAUUUAGACCCAAAUAUAAAUAUUACGAUGAAUUACGGGAUGUACGAAGAGAGAAACACUAUAUAUUAAAAUUAAGACAGAGUCCAAGUAUACGACGAAAACAAUUAAUAGAAAAGGCAGAGCUCUCGAUAACUAGUCGAACGGACACAAGUGUUGAAUUAAUCGGACAAUCAACAGCCUAGUACAUUUUAACAAUCAAUACAGAAGGACGACACAUCACUCAACCAAUCUCACAAACACACUAAUAUAUUUGUACCCCAAAAUAAACCCGAGAGUGGAGUGUAUUGACAUGUCACUCGAACGUCCAGCUAAAUAUAAUAGAUUCUGGGUACAGACGUAAUGAAUGGAUCACUGCGCAUGUCUUAAUAUGUGAUAAUAGAAGGAGAGGGGUUGGCGAGUGCUGUGCUUAAACGACAACGUGAACUGUGAAAUGAAAUGAAAUGAAAUGGAGUUUAACGUCCUACUUUUCUGCUCCUAACCUGGGCUAAUGAAGACGGGUGAACUGUGAAACGCAACUCGUCAAUGCAUGUCAGGAAUUAAUGGAAGCCUCUUUUGGAAUGGUACAUCUGUAGUUGUUGUCUUGCUUUCUUUGAUACAGUAUCAUAUCUUAUCUGAGGUGGGAUGGGGGAGAACUGACGUGUAAAACUUAAAAAGAUUAUUGUUUAGGUGAAAUUCGUCAAUUUGUUAAAUGGUGUCACGGGAAGAAUUAACAUUACCUAACGCCAAUGUGGUAGAACUGCGGAGUGGGUUGAAUGAGGUAUUGCUCACUUUUAUCGAAUGUUUUAAAUAUUAAAAGUGACAGUGUGUUAAAUAGUGUCACGGGAAUAAUUUACACCACCUAACGCCAAUGUGGUAGAACUGUAGGGAGGGUUGAAUAGGGUGCACCAAGGGUAUCGCUUACUUUUAUCGAAUGUUUUAAAAAUUAAAAGUCACAUUGUGUUAAAUGGUGUCACGGGAAGAAUUAACAUUACCUAACGCCAAUGUGGUAAAACUGUG